CGUGGCGGCCAUGUCGGCGGGCGGCGGAGCGCAGCGGGACGCGGGGGCCGCGGGCGGGCGCCGCAGCAAGUGGGAUCAGCCCGGCCCGGCUCCUAAUUUCCUCCUCCCCGGUACGGCGCCGCUGCCCGGGCGGCCGUUCCCCGGUGGGGGCGGCGAUGGCGGCGCCGCCGUGGCCGGGUCCGAGAGCUCGGCGGCGCCCUCGGGAGCGCUGGAUGCGGCCGCGGCCGUGGCGGCGAAGAUCAACGCGAUGCUGAUGGCUAAAGGGAAGCUGAAGCCGGCGCCCAGCACGGCGGACAAGCUGCAGGCUCUGGGCAAAGGUCCAGCCACGAGUAAAAGCAAAGAUGACCUUGUGGUGGCCGAGGUGGAGAUCAACGAUGUGCCCCUGACGUGCAGGAACCUGCUGACCCGGGGCCAGACCCAGGACGAGAUCAGUCGCCUGAGUGGAGCAGCUGUCUCCACUCGAGGGAGGUUCAUGACUGCAGAAGAGAAAGCCAAAGUGGGACCUGGAGAUCGUCCUUUGUAUCUUCAUGUUCAGGGCCAGACACGGGAGUUGGUUGACAGAGCUGUUAACAGAAUCAAAGAGAUCAUCACCAACGGCGUGGUGAAGGCAGCCACGGGCUCCAGCCCCACCUUCAACGGGGCCACAGUCACUGUGUAUCACCAGCCAGCCCCCAUCGCCCAGAUCACCCCAGCUGUGGGCCAGAAACCUCCCUUCCAGUCAGGGCUGCAUUACGUGCAGGACAAGCUGUUUGUGGGCUUGGAGCACGCGGUGCCCACGUUCGGUGUCAAGGAGAAGGUGGAGGGGCCCGGCUGCUCGUACCUGCAGCACAUCCAGCUGGAAACGGGCGCCAAGGUUUUCCUGCGGGGGAAAGGCUCGGGGUGCAUCGAGCCGGCCUCGGGCAGGGAGGCCUUCGAGCCCAUGUACAUCUACAUCAGUCACCCAAAGCCAGAAGGUUUGGCAGCUGCUAAAAAGCUGUGUGAGAACCUCUUGCAAACUGUUCACGCCGAGUACUCCCGGUUUGUGAACCAGAUCACCACCGCCGUUCCCUUGGCAGGUUUCUCCCAGCCGGCCGCCAUCGGCAGCGUCCCCUCGCAGCCCUCCUAUUACCCCUCCAACGGGUACCAGUCCGGCUACGCCGUGGUGCCGCCCCAGCAGCCGGUGCAGCCGCCCUACGCCGUGCCAGGCAUGGUGCCCCCCCCCGCCGUGCCCCUGGCGCCCGGCGUGCUGCCAGCGCUGCCCACGGCCGUGCCACCCGUGCCCACACAGUACCCGAUAGCGCAGGUGCAGCCGCCGGCCAGCACGGGACAGCAGAGCCCCCUGAGCGCCCCUUUCCUCGCUGCUGCCCCAGGCAAGGCCAGCAUUCCGGCUGGGAGCCAGCCCCCGGUGCAGCCGCAGGGCCACAAGCGCCGCUUCACCGAGGAGCUGCCCGACGAGCGCGAGUCCGGCCUGCUGGGCUACCAGCAUGGACCCAUUCAUAUGACUAAUUUAGGUACAGGCUUCUCCAGUGCGAGCGAAAUCGAGGGAGCCGCGGCGAAGGCAGCGAGUUCCUCAGGAAAGGAGAGAGAGAGGGACAGGCAGUUGAUGCCUCCACCAGCUUUUCCUGUCACUGGAAUGAAAUCGGAAUCGGAAGAAAGAAAAGGUGCGGGGUCUUUGCCAGGCAGCCAUGAUCAUCAAGCCAAGAAGAUGAAAACUGCAGAGAAGGGCUUUGGAUUAGUGGCCUAUGCUGGAGAUUCUUCAGAUGAAGAGGAGGAACACGGUGGCCAUAAAAACGCAAGUACUUUUUCACAGGGCUGGAGUUUGGGGUACCAGUACCCAUCCUCACAACAACGAGCUAAACAACAGAUGCCUUUCUGGAUGGCACCAUAAAAACAAAAAAAAACAAAACAAAAAAACUGCACAAGAGUUUUCAUUCAUCUGGUUUUCUCCCCCCCUCUAGCAAUAAUGCAUGUAUAUUCCAGAAUGAACUUGGCAAAGAGGUGUUGUUUUUACAUUCGCAGAAAAGGCAAUUUCCCCUUGGAAGGGCUCCAUUGUUUUUUAAAGAAAUCUUCAUUUUUGGCAGUGUAUUUGUCAAUUUUAAAAAGGAGUAUUUGGAGCAGCAUCCUGACUGGCCUAGUCCCUUGUAAAGAGGAACCAGGGAAGCCUCUUGGGCCACAUUUUCAGUUCCUCCCAGAUAAAGGGAAGAGUCAGUGCCACUGACUUCACUUUGCGUUUUUGGAGUGCUCUGCUGGUGACUCAGCCUCAAUUUUGGAUUUUCACCAGAGGGAAGAAACACCCAACAGUCAUGAAAAACUUGAGCAUCACGUUUGGAAAACUCUUGGUUUUAUUUCAGACAUCUCCUGUAACUCAGCUUGGUUUUAUUUUGAAAUGUGACUUUACCAAUCCCGCAAGUUCUCAUUGUGGCCAGAUGUUGGGCUGGGGGAUGCUCAGGUUUUUGGAUAGGUCCACUUUGCUCCAGGUGGACUUGGCACUGUAGCCCUAGUGCUGAAUUGUUUCCAGGACUCCAACUCAGCAGGAAUUCCUUUUCCAGAGGCUCAGCCCCAUCUCCUCCCUCACUCACCGGAUUCCACCAGAGCCAGAAGGUUCCACAGUGGUUUCCCAAAGGGCAGCAGCUCCUGCCUCACGUGCAGAACCUGGGAAUGAGUUUUUGGACUUGUUUUUGGACUGUUUUGGACACGAACUGAGUGGGGUGGGCUGCUGCAGCCAGAACUCCUGCAUGGAGCAGUGACACAGGGACUGCUCCAAGGCAGCUUUUGGGACAGGAGUUUUGAGAAGGGGCUGUGUCACUGCUGCAGCCAGGGAUGCCUCACCUGUACAAACCUCGGCUUCCCCAUGUGUUGUAAAUAAUUAGAACCAUACUUUCAUUAUAAAUAAAUGUAUAAAUAUUC